AUGGAGGGGUCAGUCGAGGUGAUUGUCAUAGGUGGCGGAAUAAGCGGUCUCUGUGCGGCUAAAUUACUUUCUUUAGAGUAUGGAGUUAGUGUUGUUGUGCUGGAAGCUAGGGAUCGUGUUGGAGGUCGAACUAAUACUGUAGAAGAUCCUAAAUUUAAAUACACCGAUUUGGGAGGUGCCUACGUUGGUCCAACACAGAACCGAAUUUUACGCGUUGCAAAAGAGCUUGGAGUGCAAACAUACAAAGUCUACAAUGAAGGUAAAACCGUUGAGUUUCUAGGAGGAAAACGGCGAGUUUUUGCUGGCGAUGUUUCCACAUGGAACCCUAUCGCCAUUUUGGACUACUACCACAUGAUUCGCACCUUGGAUAAAAUGGGUGAGGAAAUCCCAUUAGACGAACCCUGGAAAGCUCCUAAAGCUACAGAAUGGGACAGUAUGACGGUGAAAGAGUUCCUCGACAAGACCUGCGGGACCACGUAUACCAAAAAGCGAAUGGCGCAGAUUUACAAUGACGCAAUGGCGGCAGAACCACAGGACAUGUCUUUGUUGUAUUACUUGUGGUAUCUCAAAUCAGGCGAUGGGGUUCUUAGGGUUGCUGCUGUUGAAAAUGCCGGUCAAGAAAGGAAAUUCAUAGGAGGAUCCCAACAAAUUAGCAAUCGAAUUAAAGACAAGCUUGGAGAUAGGGUGAAUUAUCUUAUCUACUUAUUGUUAAAAAAAAUAUAGUGGAACCCCAUCUGCAUCCAAGGGGUGGAGUCCCACCCCUUGCUCUAAGGAUGGUAGGUUUUUGAAAAUGGCCACUUUAUUUUAACAUUUGCCAAAAGGUGUGACACAACAUUAAUUCUCCAAAUUUCAAUUUUCAAAGGGCACUGAUGAAACGUUGAGGGCUGGGAAUCUAGCCGUCUGCGGAAGGCGGGUUGCAGAUAAAAAAUGGAAUGUCCCCACAGGGCCACAAAAACGUGGUGGAUAUAAGAAGGUGGUAACGUUAUCAAGAUUUUCAGAUAAGAAAAGGACUAAGUUUUCGAACUUUUUUGUUGUAAGAACAGAUUAUCAGAGUGGUCAUAACGUUGGUUACCAGAAGAAGUUGUCCAGCAGAACCUAGCAAAGCAUGGGGGUAGGGCGGUUGUCAACUGGUAAUUAGUGGUGAAAAAACAAAAGGAAAAAAAAAACAAGUGCAAAAGGGAAAAAAUAAAUGGAAAGCUUGAAUUAGCCAGGACUCCAACCAAGUUGGGAUGACGUGACAGGGUGGCAGCUCUGCCACAAGGCCACAAAAUUCUAGACCCUCGAUAAGCUUGUCGCAAGGAAACUUCAGACACCAACCCAAAAUGCAUAUUAUAAGGGCCAUUAGGAUUUGACCUUACUAAGCGAUCAACCCUCAAUUCAAAUUCUGUAAUAAAGAGAUGACAUGAGUUUCCUAGUUGCAAAAAUUACUCACACCUUAUUACUACCUGCUAUAUUCACUUCUACAUGCAGUAAACCACCUGCAGCAAUAAGCAAGAAAAUCUGUGUUAAUCUUGCAGGUUAUUUUAAACAGUCCUGUUUGUCGCUUGACACAAGAUGCAAACAAAGUGGUUGUCACCUGUGAAAAUGGUAAACAGUAUCAAGCACAGUUUGUGAUAAGUGCAAUGCCACAAGCUCUUCUCAACAGCGUGUCAUUUGACCCACCCCUCCCUCCCUUGAAAAAUCAGCUGAUUCAGAGGAUACCUAUGGGUUCAGUCAUCAAGACUGUCACAUUUUACAAGGAAGCAUUCUGGCGCAACAAAGGGUUAGAUGGAGUACUUAUAUCUGACGCUGGUCCCUCAUAUGUUACCGUUGAUGAUACAAAACCCGAUGGGUCAUAUCCAGCAAUAAUGAGGUCAGUGCAAAAUUCCCUGUUAGCUCCAACAGUUUUGUGUUUUGCUUGAUGGUUCCCAUAACAUAAAACAUAUUAUUUAAAAAGCAACUUCUAAAACAGGUAACAUGUUUAUGGUGGAAGUGCAGUUGGCCCUCUAAUCAAAUAAUAUAAGAGACAAAACUCAAAUAAAAUGUAAGAAACAAAUCCAGCAAGUGGUCAGAGCAGGAGUCAAACCCAGGACAGCUGGUUUGCAAUUCCGACAUGCUGUCCACAUGGCCACCCGGCCACCCGGCCCCUUCAAUUUUGGAGUAGUACAUUCAAUCCUCUCUAAAACAAACUAUUCAUAAUCCCUAUUUUUCCUUGAGGCAGCCGCAUUGAUUUAAUUUAAUCUGGGUGGGUUGACUCUGUGAGAACAGGGAUAGAAGAGGAUAUCACUAGGGGAUGGAAUUUUCUUGCUUUGAGACACCCUCAUCCCACCUUCCCAUGGUCAAUUUGCAUUUAUCUCCUUGGAUUAUCCCAGCCUUGUGAAAUCACAUUGGUGACCCACAAUAAUGUGAUAAUGGAUAUAUGAUAAGUAUUAUUGCAAAUUUUUGCCUCAAUCUGUUGUUUUUAGUUUUAUUAUUGGUAAUCAAGCACGUUAUUGGUGUACAAAGACUCAAGAAGAAAGAAAGCAAGCAGUUUGUCAACAGUAUGCCAAAGUAUUUGACAGCAAAGAGGCCCUUCACCCAUAUCAUUACAUCGACAAGAACUGGCCAGCAGAGAAGUACUCUGGGGGAUGUUAUGUCAGCAUUAUGCCCUGUGGUGUGAUAACAAAUUUUGGAAGAGCUCUGCGUGAACCAAUAGGCAGAGUUUAUUUUGCUGGAACAGAAACUGCUACUGUCUGGUCAGGUAACAGAUGUUUUAAGAAUUAUAUCAUUUUUAACAAAGGGGACAGGGCAAGGAUCCGGUUUGUUAUUUUUUAACCUCUGUAUCGGUAUUUCUAGCAAAGAAAUAGAAGUCACAAUGAUCUCUAUUGAUGAAGGGAUGAUCUUAAAGAUUAAAGCCACAAUCGCUUUGCAGCGUCAAUCAAGUUUGACACCAUCAGUUGGACAAUGAUGGCAACGAAUCCUGCCAAAAAGUGCACUGCACCUUUAGAGUAAUAUUGUUUUGCAUUUCUCUCAUUUCCAUUGUUCUUGUGGUUGCACUAAACUUGUUAGUAGCAUUACCUUGCAAGGCAAUUCUUGAUAUGCAACAAUUUUGGCUGAGAAACCGACAAUUUGAUGGGAAGAAAGCAACAAAAUCAACAUCCGCAGGUAUCCAUACAGAGGCUUAUUUUACCAUACCCCAUUGGAGGAAAUAUCUUUAAAUACACAGGUUUGUUGCCAAGUAGGCAAUAAGUUUUAUGUUCACAAAAUGCAGACUAUGCAAUAUUUAUUCCUAACUACAGAGAGCUUAUGGACACAUCUGUAAUCCAACCAUUUUCCAGUAACUUGAAUAUUUAAUGUUCAGAAACUUUUGAUAUUUAACAACAGUUCGCAGUUUUUCUGAAUGCUAAUGCUAAUCAUUUUAGGGUACAUGGAUGGUGCAGUACAGGCUGGUGAAAGAGCUGCAAGGGAAGUGCUCUGUGUGAUGGGUAAGAUAUCACCACAGGAAGUCCAUCAAACAGAGCCUCCAUCACAAGAUGUUCCUCCUGUGCCUUGCUGUCUGACGACAUUUCAAAGCUUGCUGCCAACUGUUCCCAUGUUUUUAACCUCUAUUACAGCAGUUGCCGCUUUAGUUGGUAGCAUUUCAUUGAGACAUUAUUUAAAAUAGGUUUUCUGAAAAUUUAUAGCAAGAAGAGCUUAGUUAUUAUCUUUAAAUUCCAAUUUUUGGUGCUGUCUUGUAAUGGGCAGGGUUUUCAGUUUUAAAUAGGAUUAAUAAAAUUGGUCAAAUUCUAAAAAAAAAAAUUGGUCAAAUUCUAAAAAAAAAUUCACCACACAAAAGUAUUACAAAAUCAUAAAUCCAUCCAUCAUGCGCGUGGUCAUUUUCGUGUUUCGCACGUUUCG